AUGGCGAACCGUACAGGAACGCGGGUGGUGUUUGUCGGAAACAUCCCCUAUGAUAUUUCGGAAGAGCAGCUGGUCAAUGUGUUUUCCGAGGUGGGCCGCGUCGUCGCCUUCCGCCUCGUGAGCGACAAGGAGCAGGGCAAGUUUAAGGGGUACGGAUUCUGCGAAUACGAAGACGCAGAAACCGCGGCGUCGGCGGUGCGCAACCUGAACGACGUCGAGGUCGGCGGCCGCCCCCUGCGCCUCGACUUUGCAGAGAUGGACCCGAUGGUGAGCGGCGGCGAGACGCGCUCGAAACCCGCGGCGCUGGCGCCGUUUCCGGCGGGCGCGCCGCUGCCGCCCGGCGUGUCGUCGACGGAUGCCAUUACGCAUGCCAUCGCCUCGCUGCCGCCGCACCAGCUCAUGGAUAUCCUCACGCAGAUGAAAGGACUCGCUGCCACCGCGCCCGACCAGGCUCGGGCGCUGCUCCUCGGCAACCCCCAGCUGGCUUAUGCUGUAUUCCACGCAAUGCUCAUGAUGAAUGUUGUGGACCCAGUCGUGGUGCAGCGCGUGCUGGGCGAGUCUGGCGCUGCACAUGCCCCCCCCGCGCCGCCGAUGCCGAUCAAGACCGAGACGCGGAGCACGCCGACGCCCACACCGGCGCCUGCGCCUGCGCCGGUCCAGGCGACGCCGACGCCCGCGCCGGGCCCCCAGCUCGACGACCAGCAGCGGCAGCUCCUCAACCAGGUGCUGCAGCUGACGCCGGACCAGAUCAACGCGCUGCCGCCUGACCAGCGCGCGAGCAUUCUGCAGCUCAAGGCGCAGUUUGGGCAGUAG